AUGAGCAACGCCGCCGAGCUUCGACGCCGCCAGAACCGAUCCGAACAACGAGCAGGAGCCUCGCCUCUGUUCUCUGCCUCUGCUACCCUUGACCCCAGCGAGGAAUCGACGACAGCAAAGAGGACGGCUGCAGCAGCGGCGGCGGCGGCGGAAAAACAAAAAGAAGGAGGCGCAAGAGGAGCAGAGAGGCUGGCUCGACAAGGUCAGCUACUGACGCUUGCUUCGCUCGCCUUUGUCGCUCUCGGCCUCUUUGGCCUCCUCGGUGGCUGGCAGUCGCUCGCUCGCUCCUUUUCCAAAGAUAGCAGCAGCAGCGCGACAAGAGGGACAGCGCAGGCGUGGAAGGCGUCGGAGCUGGAGGAGGCUGCGGUGCUGGAGACGGCAGCGACGUGGCUCGACUGGCCCUUCUGUCUCGCCUACUUUGUCCCGCUCGCUAUUCCGCUCGCGACGUUUGGCGUCAUUGCGCGGUGGACCGGCGAGAAGGCCUUUCGGCAUGCGCAGCAGCGGCAGCAACUGCAACAGCUGCUGAUGCUGGGGGUGCGGGUGCGGGUGGUCGCAGGGAAUGCAGCAAGGGCGAGACCGGCUUGGACUGCGACGGCGGCAGCUGCGGCUGCGGGAUCAUCGAGAAGGAGGCGAGAGUCGCUGCUUGGGCGGGCCUAUUCUUCUCUUCCAUCAAGCUCUGCUGGUGGAAUGGCUUCGUCUGCAUCGUCGUCGUCGAAGGGUGUCGAGAUCGACAGACCGCCGAUAGCAAAAACACCAACUUCGGCACCGACAUCUGCUGAUGCAGACCCGCAGGAGAGGGGGAGGGAUGCUCCCAACGACGCCUCGGCUGGAGCUGGACAGGUCGAGGUGGACACAGCGCAAGGCAGCCAUGCGCAGGAGGCCGGCGCGACGGCGGCGAUGCAGGAGAGGAGAGAGGUGCUUCGGCUCAAGAGGCAGCGGCAGCGGCGCAGAAAGGCCAUGCGCCGGGCCGAGAAGGCAGCUUCCGAGGCGAGUGAAUCGAAGGAAGUGACUGCAACGCCAGGCGACGAGAGAGAGGCUGUGGCGAUCAACGACGAGAAUGACUCAGCAGCUGCGAUCACGAAGGCGGCUGAAACAACGGCCACGAUGCCGGAGGUGAACGAGGACUCUCCCAAGGUAGUAUUUGCCGCCAGCGGAGAGACCGACGCUGGAGAAGAGAAAAUGGAGGGCAAGGCGGCGGCGGCGGCGGCGGCUGCAGAGGAGACGAAGGCCACGGUACCACAGCCGGUCUCGGCGACUACAUCCAAGACGAAGCCGGCAAAGAAGAAGGCCAAGCCGGCAACCAGGGCAAAGCCCAAGUCAAGGAGCAGCAUCUCGCUGAAGCACGCAGAGAGGACUGCAGCGGCAGGUCGGCUGAAAGGCAAGACUAAACGCACGAAGAAGGAAGAGGCCAGCCAGCACGAUGCCAAGGAGCGAAGCGGAGACAUCAGCCGCACUGGAGACGGGGAAGCGGCGCAGCUGCGCCCGAUGGCGGGCUCCUGGUGGAAGAGCAUCCUGCAGUCGUGGAGGCUGUCACCAGCACCAGCUUCAGCUUCGACUGGCGCAGAAGGCGAAACGACGCCAGCAAGCAUGGGCGUCGAUGCUGAGCGUCCGACCCUUUUCAACGGAAAAUCCAAGGCUGUUUUGGCGUGGUCGAAGGGCGAGAGACUGGGUGGCAUGACUCCGAGGCAGAGAUUCCUGGCGAGGAGGGGAAGAAAGCAAGUCGCCGAUUAUGAUCAGACUGCUCGAGAUGCCCUGCGGAGACGCUUCAGCGCGUCUGGUGAGGAGGCAGCAAAUGGACUCCAGGCCAGCGAGCAGACCGCGGCAGAGGAAGGGCAAGUCGAGAGCGGGCAACGAAGAGAGAGAGAAGAGAUGGAAGGGAGCCUUGGCUCAGCGCAGGUCAACGAAGCAGACGAUGGCCUUCAAACCUCAGCGGCACUCGACGCCUUUCAAGGCCCAUCGCAGUCCUCCUCAUCAAAGGAGCGCUCUGGGCACUCGACGUCCGAUCAGCGUGGUUCUCCCACUCCGCAGCCGCUGCCGUCCCGCCAUCCCACGCAGCCUUAUUACUUGGAGCUCUCCCCUCAGCAACGCGAAGAGCGUCAAUUGGCAAAUGCCAACGCUGUCGCCGAGGGGCGCCGACAGCAGCCACUAACGUCGCGUCCACCGCCUAACCCGAUGUGGUCUCUGUUCGCCUCGAUUCGCAAGCGGGUCAAGAGCGAGGGGAGCGGUACAGAAACGCCCUCUUCAGAGGCUCCUCUGGCGCUUGACAAGAGGGGCGACGCUCAAGCGACGAUGGAGGGGUUCUACCGUUUUGACCACACACCGAUCAUCUAUCCUCCCAAGGACAGCUACCCCCCUCCCCUGCCCCCGGUGCGAGACGCGGACCUGAUCAUGGCCGCCAGAGCACUGCGUGUGCUCCGGCCGAGCGAGGUGGCGUGGGUGCCCCACGACGGGGAAGGAGGUCAAGGCCGCUGGGCAAGGAGACACUGGCCCGACUCUUGGUACGAAAAGCAGGGUCUCCUCGAGUAUCUCGACGGCGAGCAGUCUCUUGCCUACCUCGGCGAUUCGCUGCUUCACUUUGUCACCCGCCUGCUCGUCAUGCGGCGAUACCCUGAUCGGCGGAGUCGUGACAUCAGUGAAGCAGCAAGGUUCCUCGUGUCCAACCAAAACUACAUUUACAUCUACGACGAUGCCAACUUGGAUGCGGAACGUAUGGCCGUCUACGGGCUCAUGAGGCAAGAGUCGAAGCGGCGUCAGAUUGAGCAGCCACGCAGCUACAACGCCCGACCGACGGAAGUCCUGUCGGCAGAGGAAAAGCUUCUCAGGGAAAAGACUCCGUUGCCAGACGCCGUCAUGCCGUCGUUGGGCUCGCGGUGGAAGCAAAAGGCAGACUCUUUUGAGGCCUACGUCGGAGCCGUCUACCUGACCUUCGGAUUCGACGCCACGCUCCGCUGGUUGGAGUUGCUGCUUCAGCCAUGGGUUGACCGCGUCGGCCGAGAGGAGAACUUCCGACAAAACCCCAUUCUCAGCCCCGCCGCCCAAGCCGAACUUCGUAGGCGUGAGGCCGACGAGAAGGACAAAAGAAAAUCACAAGUCGGCAGUCUCGUGGGCUGGCUCCGAUCAUGGUACAACAAGGGCUAG